AAAAGAACAUACACACCAAAUUAUCUUAAUCUCAUAUAUAACACAGUCCGCGAAUAUUUAUUUCACUAGAUAACACUAAGUCUUACAGCCUAGUCUGUUACGUUUAAGUGAUGUUUCCAAAAAUUUCCUUCGUAUAUCAACUAUUUGCAUUUGUUAGUUUAGUGAUUUUUGUCAUUAUGGUCAUCCCCCAUCAACAACACGCAAAUUCCAGAGGGACCCCGAGAUUCCUACUCAAAAAUCCCCCAGAAAAAGAAGUCGAGUACAGAGGAAACUUCAUUGUGUUUCGUAAUUAUAUACAAGCGGACAUGCAGUUUAGAUCUAGUGAAAGUGUGACUUUAAGUGUGCCGGGAGACUAUAGAUUCCUGGACAAUAUUCUUCAAUUGGUGGAUCGAUGGAGAGGUCCAAUCAGCGUUGCUCUCUACGCUCCAGGAUAUGAUUUUUUCAGUACUUUGCAGUCCAUCGCGUAUCUAAGGAUAUGCUCAGGGAACUCUUUGGUCAAGGAGCUAGUCACCUUUCAUUUAUUUUUCGAACACGACCAUAUACCAAUCCAGCAUGAUCGUCCUCUACUAGACAUCUACAGAGAUGAAUUCGAUUGUUCUCAAAAACCGCCUUUCGAAACGGUGAAAGAUGGGGACAUGUACAAAGAAAGGAAGAACCUCACGUAUCCCAUCAACGUGGCUAGGAAUGUGGCGAAACUCAAUGCUCAAACGCAUUUCGUUUUUCCUUCCGAUAUUGAGUUGUAUCCCACCAGAAACUUCAUAAAGGAAUUCCUGGAGUUUGUCCAAAAACGGCCAGAUUAUUUCAAAAAGAAUUCGACUAAUGUGUUUGUCCUGCCUCUCUUCGAAAUUCUGGAAGGCUACAGGAUUCCCGAAACAAAGAAAGAACUUCAGGAUAUGAUUCGUAAUAAAACUGCCAUCACCUUUCACGAAAAAGUUUGCGGAUCCUGCCAUCGUGUUCCCCGUGUUAAAGAAUGGUUGGAACAAACUGAUAGUAUAGGUUUGGAUGUAUUCACUGCUGCGAAACGGCACGGAAAGCAAAUUGUUUGGGAACCGUUUUUUGUUUGUACGCAGAAAGAGCCACUCUGGGAUGAAAGGCUGAACUGGGAAGGACAAGGAAAUAAAAUGUGCCAGGCUUAUUAUCUAUGUAUGUUGGACUACGAUUUUCUAGUUCUGGAUAACGCCUUCCUGAUUCACAAACCUGGAGUGAAGAAAAAGAAAGUUCAAAAUAUAAAACAUAAAGAUCAGAAAUAUAAAAAUGAUUUGAUACUGAAAAGUAUUCAAGAUGAAAUUACGAAAAUAUAUGGUGAAAAUGAUAAAUGUCGAAUUCAUAAUUUGUUUCUAAAUAAUUAGUGAAACUGGUUUCGAUAAAAGAGGAAUCUUUUCACCGAAAUGGAUACCACAAAGAUUCUAAUCCUGGAAAGUGUACAAAGUACUGGAUUUUUCAUGAUAAAUAUCAAUACGCAGAAAUCCAAGAAUUUUGUUUAUUAAUUUGAAUAUAUAUUUUCGUAAACA